GCUGCAGCCGCUGACGGGAGAUUCGCAAAGUGACCGUGGACGUGACCAGCAGCGCCAGCGGGAGCGCGGAUAAUUCCUCAAAGUAACGAUGUUAUUCUGGGUUUACUAGUUUUCAAACAGAAGGGGAUUUAGACUCAAGUUGUAGUAGUUCACUUUUUAAGCUCUUUUUUUAAACCCAAAGAAGUCUACUUUUGAAUUUUUUUGUGAGGAUUUACACAGGAAAAUGAAGCCACGGAUUUUACUGACCUUCCUGACGUUUAUUGGUUCAUGUUUGUGUAAUGGAUCAGAGCUGGCUUUCCUCAUAGAGCCCAGUGAUGUGAUCGCUGUCCGGGACAGGCCUUUGAUGCUUGACUGCAGGGUGGAAGGCGAAGGUCCCAUCACAGUGACGUGGCACAAAAACGGAGCACCGCUACUCGCUGGCAUUGGCAGUCGGGUUAAGAUCCUGUCCAACGGCACGCUCCUGAUCCGCAGCUUCCAAAAGAGACGGGAUGGCGAUGCAACCGAUGCUGGAGAAUAUUACUGCGCUGCACAGAACCACUACGGCAUGCUGGUCAGCCGUAAGGCCCGUGUGCAGCUCGCAUCUCUUCCCAAAUUUCACACUCACCCGGAGUCAAUGUCAGUAGAUGAUGGAGGCGUUGCACGUUUCCAGUGUCAGGUCAAUGGUAUUCCUGAAGCCAGCAUCACUUGGGAGAAGGACCAUGUUGUGCUUGGUACAUCUGAUGACAGGUACACACUUCUCCCAAUGGGCAUCCUGCAGAUUACAGGAGUCAAAAAAGCAGAUGCUGGCAUCUACCGCUGCGUUGCCAGCAAUAUCGCCAACACCCGCUACAGCCACGAAGCCCAUCUGAACGUAACCGGAGGAGUUCCUCGCACCUAUAAGGAGCCAGUCAUCCUGUCCGGCCCACAAAACCUCACCAUCACUGUCCAUCAGACCGCCAUCCUGGAGUGCAUCGCCACCGGGAACCCUCGUCCCAUUGUGUCUUGGAGUAGACUUGAUGGCAGAUCCAUUGGAGUGGAGGGCAUUCAAGUGCUUGGCACUGGUAACCUGAUGAUCUCGGAUGUCUCUCUUCAACACUCUGGAGUGUAUGUGUGCGCUGCCAACCGGCCUGGCACAAGGAUGAGGCGUACCGCACUGGGCAGGCUGGUAGUCCAAGCUCCUCCAGAGUUCAUUCAGUGGCCGCAGUCCGUGUCGAAGCCGGCAGGGGGCAGUGCGGUGUUCACAUGCGUCGCUCAGGGGGUCCCGGAGCCGCACAUUAUAUGGCUGAAGAACGGCAAGAUUCUCACGCCUGGUGAUAAUGUCAAACUCACCAACAACAACAGUACUCUUGCUGUGACUCGUAUCACCUCGGAGGAUGAAGCCAUAUAUCAGUGCAUAGCUGAAAACACUGCGGGCACGAAUCAGGCCAGCGCUCGUCUGGCAGUGUCUCUGGCCAAAGAGCUCCCCGACUCUCCUCAGGGCCUGAAGGCCACGGCUCUGUCCAAAACAUCCCUGCAGCUCUCCUGGACACAGCCGCCGGCUGAAGUCACAGACGGCAUCAUUGGAUAUGUGCUGCACAUACGCAAAUAUGGCGAGUCUGAGAGUAAAGAACUACAGGAGGCCGUGAGCAAGACAACAUUUCAGCAUGACCUCACAAACUUGGAACCUGCGACCACCUACUCCAUCUACCUGAAGGCCUAUUCUCCGCUGGGGGCCAGUCAACAGUCCAGUACUGUGGUCUCCACAACACUAGGGGGCGUGCCCAGUCCACCUACAUUUUUCACCAAGGCUAUAAACGCCACAGCAGUCCAGGUCCUGUGGGAGCUUCCCAAUAAGCCUGGAAAAGCAGAGGGUUUCCGUCUGACCUACCGCAGGGUCCCCCAUGGAGAGAUGCAGGGGCCCAUUCAGUUGCCUUGCCAUGUUAACGCUCACAUCAUCUCACAUCUCGACGCCGGUGCUGUGUAUGAAGUCAAACUGGUGGCCUACAAUGGGAAUGGAGAGAGCGACUGUUCGAAGAAGCUCGUGUCACUGGCUGAGGACGGCACAAGUGCUAAAACCAGAGCAGGAGAGGAAGCUCAGUGUAACUGCAGGGGUGUGGAGGGCUCGGUGAGCAGCAUUGUGGUUGGCAUCCACAUCGGCAUGGCCUGCAUCAUUUUCUGUGUGCUCUUCCUCAUGUUCGGAUAUCGGCGCAGUUUUCUCUGUAGGAAGGGGACCCAGGACAGCUGGUCUGUGCCACAGGGUGAAGAUGGAGGGCAUCGAGUUCAGGGCAACGGACUCCCUAAACAGGGAAUAACACAACCUGCUCAAGGCAUUGAAUUAGUUCCUCAGGGUCAUAAUAAAGAUCAGACCCAGUGUCAGGUUCUUAUUGAGCAGCACCCAUCCAAUCUGCCAGGCACGGGCACAGGCACUGGCUAGCACUAGCAUUACCUCAAUUACAUCACUCAUUGUGGUUCCUCUGCCUAGCCUGCCCACCAAAAUCCCAUAUUUACCAUGCUCUCUAAACCGCUGCUACUGUUUAAGGGUGUUAAAGAGCAUGUUGUAACUACAAAAAUGCAUAUAGAGAGCUUAGCAUUUCUCCCUCCCUUUAGAUCCAAAGCUUUACUGCUUAAAGGGAUAGUUCACCACAAACUAUUUACUCAAACCUUUGUUUUUUUUCUUCUGCUGAACUUAAAAGGAAACUAGUAACCACUGACUUCUAUAGUAGAUAGAAUUAAUCAAUGGUU